CAAGAAGAAGAAGAAAGGAGAAGAUAUCUUAACCUCGUCAGAUCUGGUCAGAUCCUUGAUAGUUUCUGGUCUCUUUGUUCUUGUAUUAUUUGUUAUCUCUUUCUGUAUAUUAAUAUUAAAAUCUAUUUUGUUGAAGAUUCAUUCGACAUUAUUUUAAAUUGAACCCUGAUUGUAAUACUGAAAUCGUAUAUUAUGAUUACGGCAACCUGUAGGUUACUGUUUCCUAUCAAUAGGAAACAGUAUAAUCCGCUUAAUUUCUUUUGCAUCAGGGAAUUUGCUUCUGUGCAAGAUUUUACUACACCUAAAUCAAAACAUGAUAUAGAAAAGGAUUCUUUACCACCAAAACCAAAGAGACCGCCAAAUAUAUUUUUGCAAUAUUAUGUCUCUAUGAAGAACAAGUUGCAAGCAGAAUAUCCUAAUUUCAAUCAAAGAGAACUUCUAAAGAAGGCAUCAGAAAAGUGGACACAAGUUGACUCAACUAUAAAGCAGAAUUUGCAAAAGCAAUAUGAUGAACAAACGUCUGUAUAUAAGCAGAAGUUAAAGGACUAUGAGAGUUCUUUAACUCCUAACCAAAAGAUACAAAGAUUACAAGAAUCAGUGAUAAAAGGACGUAAUCCAAAAAAGACAGAACUUAAACAAAUACUUGUAGAACAUGGAAUGCCAAAGCGACCAUUAUCUGGAUUUAUGUUAUUCCUUCAAAAUAAAAGGGUUACCAAAAAGCCACAAGAAUUACAGAAAGAUUGGUUAAAUAAUGCAACUAAAGAAUGGAAAAGUAUGACGACAGAAGCCAAAAGUGAAUAUAAUGAAGAAGCAAAAGAUUUAUUAGGAAAAUAUAAGAUCGAAAUAGAAAAAUGGAAGAAAGAUAUGACUAAUGCAGAUCAAUGGCAUGGAUCUGCAGAGAACUUGGUACUUUACAAUGAUAAACAUGCUUUACAAACCAUGGUGAAAUAUCCAAAGAAUACAGCAAUGGAUACAUCGAUAAACAAUGUUAAAAAAUCAGUUGUACAACUUUAUGAUACAAAUUUGCAUACAAAGAUACGCAUGUAUUUUGUCUCUACAUGGGAAAGAAUUUUGACAGUCCUAAAAGAGAUUAGUAAAAACUGGAAGACGGUAAGAGAAUACGUACUUAUUGGCACAGCUGGUAUUCUAAUAUCAAUAUUUUGCAUUUUAAAUCUUAUGUAUAAAUAAGUACCGUUUUUGUAUAAUAAAACCCAUUGGGUAACUUGUACUUUAUUUUUAUACAUUAUGCACUUUGUAAUGUUUAAUAAUAUGAUAUAUUUUAUUUCUAUAAUAAAUUUAUAUUACCGUCCUUUCUGUGUAAAAUA